CAGACGCGGGCUUACGCAGAUACGAGAAAAGCUUUGUCUUCACGCCAUUGAGUCCUUAUACAUAACGAGUGCUACAGACCGCAGCGAUAGCAAUGAUCGUAAUAGGUGAUAAUGCGCCCGCGUGAUUGUGUUGGCUGAACAGGAGGAAGUGAGAAUGUGCUGAUAACAACUAGAACUGUUUUUAGUUGUUUAGUGGUGUGGAGGCGAUGUGAAGGUGACGCGUUAGUGAGGUGUGCUGUGCGUUCCAGCGGCUGGCUCUGUGGUGGUUGUGGCAUUUGGCACCUGUGAAGACCACCAGCAUAUCAGCAGGAGUAGCACCAGCAGUGGGGGAAGCAGACUGAGGAAGAGGAGGAGGAGGAGGAGGAGGAGGAGAAGCAGUAGGCGGUGGCUGAUAUCACCCUGGAGGGAAGGAAAGGAAGCAUAAGGGAAGCAUAGAGGACCAGGGCGUCACUGUGCUGUGGCGGCGGCAGCAGUGGCACCAUGGCGGAGAACAGUGGCUCGGUGUUAGUGGUGGAGGCCCUGUACUCCUUCAGGGGCAAGAACAAUGAUGAGCUGUGCUUCACGAAAGGGGACCUGAUCACAGUAACCCAGCGAGAGGAAGGAGGUUGGUGGGAGGGCACCCUGGGAGACAAGACAGGAUGGUUCCCCUCCAACUAUGUGCGGGAGUACAAACCACAGGAAGGCGCUCCACUUUCCCCUCAACGUGUGGAGGAGGAGCUGCUCAGCCCACAGCACAGUCAGCAGCAGCAGGUGUACCGCAGCCUAGUGUUCAAAGAUAUACUAGAGUCAGAGCGAGCACACCUGGCAGACCUGCAGACCCUUAUUGCCUCUUACCUGGGAGCUCUUCGCAAGUCUGAUGUGCUAACAGAAGCUGAAUACAAGCAGAUGGUGGGCAAUUUGGAGGAGGUGGCAGUAGCUCACUCCAAUCUUGUUACUGCACUUGAGGAACAGAGUGAGCGGCCAUCAAGAGAACAACGCAUUGGUGGAGCCUUCCUUACUCUUGCACCUCACAUCCAGAAUGUCCACCAAACCUACUGCAGUAACCACCCAAGGGCUGUGUGCAUCCUGGAGAAGCACAAAGAUGAGUUGGGUAGCUUCAUGGAAAGCCAAGGAGCACCAAGACCUGGCAUCAUGUUCCUCACCACAGCACUCAGUAAGCCCUUCCGACGCCUAGACAAGUAUACUGGCAUGCUUCAGGAGUACCAGCGCCACCUGGAGGAGGGACACCCAGACCGUGGUGACACUCAGCGCUCAUCACAUGUGUACAAGGAGUUGGCUUCAGUGUGUGGAGCAAUACGGCGACAGAAGGAGCUGGAACUGGAGGUGGUGACAGGACGAGUGCAUGGCUGGGAGGGUGGAGACAGCUUGGGGGCAUUGGGGGAGGUACUGCGCAUGGGCUCAGUGGCGCUGCUUCCUGACCACCGUGACCGUUACUUUGUGCUCUUCCCUGCUAUGCUGGUGAUGCUCUCUGUCUCACCCAGGAUGAGUGCCUUUAUCUUUGAGGGAAGCUAUCCUCUGAGUGGCAUCAGUGUUAACUGGUUAGAGGAUGGGGACCAUCACAAGAAUGCCUUUGAGCUGUCAGGGCCAGUGCUGGAGAGGAUCGUGGCUGUGUGCCAGACCAGACAGGAUCAGCAGCAGUGGGUGGAAGCGUUCACCCAGCAGUGCCGCCUUGCCCGUGCCUCAAGCUUCACCCCCCACAUAUCCCUGCUAACCUCCCCUCCUGUCCUCCCAGCUCAUGGAGGCCCCCUCAUGCCUCGCCAGGCCAGCACCACCAGUGCCACCAGCCUUCAGGAUGCUCCAGCCAGACCUCGUCGCUCUGCCCCAGGCAAGGUGUGGAGUCUGUCAUGCCUCCGUCCAUCCCCUCCGCUGAGGCCAGGACUCUCUGUGCGUGAGGAGAAGCGGAAUCAACGGUACACAAAGCGUAAAGAUGAUAAAUGGCAUGAGGAUGAUGCACUGAUCCUUCGUGUGAUUGAGGCAUACUGUACUAGUGCCAAGACCCGCUACACAAUCAACUCCACCUUAUUGGACAGCCCACAAGUCUUGAUUGCUGAAGAGGAGAAGAUCAUCGUGGAGGAGACACGUGGCAAUGAGGUGGUGAUGGAAGAAAAGAGCCUGGUGGACACAGUGUAUGCCCUCAAGGACCAAGUGGCUACACUAUUGCGAGAGCACCAGAACCUUAAGAAGGCCUUUGAGACAGAGCAGUUGGCAACCAGACAACUGCGCUCUCUUCUCAAACAGCAUCUCCUGCCCAGCCGUGAUGAUCUUGCAUGGGAUCCCGAGCCAUGACAAUGCAACACAGACAUUUGGAUCAUGGAGUUAUCAGGUUGUGCAACUGAUCAGUUCUUUUCUUGCUGCAGGUCUUGAUGAGAUAAUUCUCUUGUUUAUGAUCUAUGCUGAGAUUGAAGGCACAAAAUGGACUCUCUUUUCAGUACAUUUUUCUGUUUAAUAUGGACAUUUUAUACUAUACCUAGAAAGAAGUUAUGUGGAUUUUUUAUAAACUAAAUAUCAUAAUUUGUUUCCUGAUAUUUGUGUAAGGGAAAUAAGAAUAAUACCCUGAAGCCUGAGUGACACUAUUAUGUAAUAAUUUAUAACUAGUUUACUUCAUAAUUGUCUUCCACUACUUAUAACACUAGCUUACUUCAUGAUUAUGCCAUACAUUGCUCUGCAACAUUAGGUUACUUUUACUUCAUACCUUCCACUACUCAGAACAGAUUUUUUUCAGGGAUGACUGCCUAUUCCAAGGUUCACCCAGUAUUAAAGCGAUAUCAAUUAACCAUUUUGUCACAAAUAACUGUCCCAUUUCAGUUGGGUCACCAUUAUUCACUUACAUAUGAGUAUUUUCAUGUCUUUGAGGGCAACAAACCAGACUGAUAAGUUGCGUUCAUUUAGAAUUACUGUACUGAGAACAUUAGAUGCAUAUAAAUUCAUGAACAUCUUGCUUAUUCCAGUGUUACACUAUGGCUUACAAGCUGUUUCCAUAUUGUGUUUAGUUCAGGCUUGGCACUAUUUUAACAGGGAUGGUUGUGACUUAAGAAUUUUGCUCCUGACAACAAGAAAUUCCUGAAUAGAACCAGAGUAGAUUGCACUCACACGACUAAAAUGCUACCAAGCUGACUGCCAGAAGAACAAAAAAAAAAAAAAUGGUGCAUAUUAUGAUACUCAUAGACUCAAGGCAAGGCCACAUGCAUUUUUUUCAGUGAGGAUAUGUGUACAUAUAUAUAUAUGCAUAUCAUUAAAAUAUAACAUCUCACAUUUAU